GUUGUCGCCUUUUGCCCGAGGUCCCUGCCCAGUGGUAGGUUGCCGCCUGUUGCCCGAGACCCCUGCUCAGGGGUAGAUUGCCCGCCUGUUGCCCAAAUCUCCAAUCCGUUGUCCAGUCACGGAGGGAGCUCAGCUGAGGCCCCAAGC